AUGUCAAAUGUACAGAAAUGUGACUCCAAUCGUAAGCAGCAGUUCAUUGUAAUGCAGUUUGUGGUCUUCAUCACGUUGCUUUCAUUUAUUGAAGCAUCCAAUGUUCCAAAGGCUAAUAAUCUUCCUUGUAUUCGAUAUAAAGAGAUGAUACCCGCAUACGCAUGCAGUUAUCAAGUAAAUGACCAUGCAAGAUACUGCGAAGAUGGUACAUUGUACAAAUCUAACACUACCUGUCUAUGCAAUAACAUCAAUUGGCUUGCCUCUGUUGUUGGUUGCUUAUCGUGCAAAGGCAACUUGGAAAUAAAGAAGGCUCAUGGGCUCAAGAAGUUUUGCCGUAUCAAUGGGGGAGUAGAUUUGAACCAGGAAAUAAUAGAACUUGCGUAUCAGACAUUCCUCAGUUCAUGUCUGUCCCCGCCAGCAUCAAGCGCAGACACUAUAAUUGACUUUCCCAUUUGUUUACAAUUGCUGGAAGUGGAGCUAUAUAGAAAAGCAUAUGAGAAAUACCUUGGUAACUUUGAUGAUUCAAUAUACUAUGGCACUGCAAUAUAUGGGUAUUGGUUUGUUGUGAUUGCGUUUGCAGGCAUUGCCAAUUGGAGUCUGGCCUGGUCAAAAUUGUGCAAGCCAUUCAAACCAGUGCAGCGGCAUCUAACAUUACCUGCAUUUGCGACAGCAACCAGGUCCCAAACAAAAUCGUGGGGACCAAUUCAGUUUGUUGUACCUUCCCGACUUGAGGCCUUGGUGUUGGCCAUUUUUGUGAUUUUGUUGAUAGCUUUGACGUUGUUGAACACAGACCCUGUUGCUGGAGACCCAAUUUACUAUACAAAAGACAAUGCCCAGUUGAGGAGAAAUUGGUAUGAAACUUUUUUGGUCAUGCAUUUCGUGUUGGGUAUGUGUUGGCUCGUUGGAUGUUGGGUUCACGUGAACAAAUUGGGAUUCAUUUACUUUUAUUAUCCUGCUGCAAUUGUUUGGAGUGUGGACAGACUUGCACGAAUCGUUCGAUUAGUAUCAUUUGGAUUUCCACGAGCCGAUGUCACUUUGCUUGAGGACGACUUGAUAAAGAUUGUCAUACCAGUUUCCAAAACAUGGCAAAAUCGAAACCACUUGGGGUACUCCUAUGUGUACUUUUGGGGAGCAGAUUGUUUUUGGCAGUCACAUCCUUUCACAUUCAUGCAUUCGCCUACCAUCGGAAGACAUAUGGUUUGCUUUUGCCGUGUCAAAGGAGGGGUGACGCAAAAGUUACGUAACUUCUUGAAAACAAAGCCAAAUAGGCAAGAUCAAAUCCGAGUCGGUGUCGAAGGACCAUAUGGAAUGCCGUCCUCAAUUCCUCACGCAGAUCUGAUGGUGUUCAUCGCUGGUGGUACUGGUGUAGCCGGAAUUUACCAAGAGAUUGUGCAUUGCAUAAAGGCGCUUGAGCCAGCUUGUGACAAAACAAUAAAGUUGAUAUGGGUAGUCAGGAACUACUCAUCCAUUGAAUGGUUUCAGACUGAGUUGGAGAUAUUAGAGGAGACAAAGGUAGAUAUUACAGUGCACAUUACAGGAUCUACAGCGGCCAAAGGAGCUUCUAAUAUUGGACUGAACGAAGAGAAGGAAGUGAGCCUCAAAGGAGCCUUCAAUCAGCAAGCUUUGAGCUCGCCACUGUCAGUAGUUGCUGAAGCAACUGACUUGAGCUUCAUCAAGAUCUCACAUGGCCGACCCGAUAUACCAGAAAUUGUGGACAUGAACAUCAGAGAAUGCAGAAGCUCAGUAUCUUUUGUCACUAGCGGGCAUCCUAAGAUGGCGGAUGAUAUGAGAAGGGCGGUAUGCCAAAAGAUUGACAGUGUGCCUGAUAAGUCAAUCCACUUUUACGACCAACUACAAGUUUGGGCAUGA